AUGGAGAGUAUUCGCAGGCUUAUUUUCUUGGCCCUAAUAGGGAUUUCUUUCAUUACUAUCGUUAAUGCUCAAGAUCAACAAGGAUUCAUCAGCUUAGAUUGUGGAAUGCCCCGUAACGAGUCUAGUUAUACCGACGAGUACACAGGUUUGAAUUUCUCAUCCGACGCUGAUUUCAUUAGCAGCGGAGAAAGUGGUACAAUCAAGACCGAGGAUCCUGGUUAUGGCGUGAAAUACAUAAAGCCAUAUAAGCAGCUUAGGUAUUUUCCGGAAGGAACACGAAACUGCUAUAAUCUGACUGUCAUGCAGGGCACACAUUAUCUUAUUAGAGCCGUGUUCUUAUAUGCAAAUUAUGAUGACCCUCAGAAAAAACCAAUAUUUGAUCUUCAUCUUGGCCCUAACUUCUGGGCAACUAUAAAUUUGCAAGAUAUAUUUGGUAAUAUAGAACGGAUUUCGUUACAAGAUGGUACCAUAGAGGAGAUCAUCCACAUGCCAAAGUCAAACACUUUGGAUAUAUGUCUAGUUAAGACAGGAACAACGACGCCAUUCAUAUCAGCCUUGGAACUACGUCCCUUGAGAGAUGACACCUAUACUACUACAACCGGCUCUCUAAAGCUAAUCACCCGCCGGUAUUUCAGCAAUCAUAACUCCUUCAGCAGUCCUGAAUCCAUCAUACGGUAUCCAGAUGAUGUCCAUGAUCGUUUAUGGGACGUAUACUUUAACGAUGAUGAAUGGAUAGCAAUAAACACCACCACUCCUGUAAAUACGACCGCUAAUGCCUUCGAUCUGCCACAAGCUAUAAUUUCAAAGGCUUCUAUACCCAAAGGUGCUGGUAAGUCAUGGAGCAAUUUCUGGUUGAUGCAAAACACGGACGACGACGUUCACGUGUACCUUCACUUUGCCGAGAUCCAGGCCUUGAAGCCCAGUGAUAGCAGAGAGUUUAGUAUUUUGUGGAAUGAAAACACAAAAAUUAGUGAUGACUACAGUCCUCUAGAGUUCAUGGCUGACACUGUACCUAUCAGAACCUCUACUAAAUGCGAUGUUAGUUGCUCCCUAGAUCUUACAAGAACUAAGUCGUCAACUCUUCCACCAUCUUGUAAUGCCAUAGAGGUUUUCGGGGUACUCCAGCUUCUUCAGUCCGAAACAGAUAAAAACGACGUCACUACAUUGAAGAACAUUCAAGCCACUUAUAGAUUACAAAAAACGAACUGGCAAGGAGAUCCAUGUGUACCUAUACAAUAUAUGUGGACUGGUCUAAACUGCAGCAACAUGUUUCCGUCUACUCCACCAAGAAUUACUUCCUUAGACUUUUCUAAUUUUGGAUUAAAUGGGACCAUAUCAAGGGAUAUACAAUAUCUUAACCAACUACAGAAAUUGGACCUGUCAAAUAACAACUUGACGGGAAAGGUGCCUGAAUUUCUCGGCAAAAUGAAGUUGUUGACAGUCAUAAACUUGAGUGGGAACAAUCUUAGCGGCUCAAUUCCUCAAAGCCUUCGUAACAUGGCAAACAAUGGGCUAACGUUGCUCGCUAAUGGAAAUCCAAACCUCUGUUUGGAUCCAUCGUGCGAAAGUGAAGCUGGUCAUGGAAACAACAUAAAGAAAUUGCUAGUACCUAUUCUUGCAUCAGCUGCUUCUGUUGGUAUUAUUACAGCUGUGCUUCUUCUCAUCAUUCUCUUCUUUAGAAAGAAGAGGCCACAGAAAGCACUACGCCCAUCAAUGGUGGCGAACAAGAGAAGCUUUACUUAUGAAGAGGUUGCAGUGAUUACAAAUAACUUUGAGAGAACUCUUGGCGAAGGAGGGUUUGGAGUCGUUUACCACGGUAAUUUAAAUGGCAACGAACAAGUGGCUGUUAAGUUGCUCUCUGAAUCCUCAGCUCAAGGCUAUAAGCAAUUUAGAGCUGAGGUAGACCUUCUUCUCAGAGUACACCACAUAAAUUUGGUAACUCUUGUUGGUUAUUGUGACGAAGGACAGCACUUGGUCCUCAUCUAUGAGUACAUGUCCAAUGGAAACUUAAAACAACAUCUAUCUGGAGAAAAUGCUAGCUCCCCUUUGAGUUGGGAAAAUAGGCUAAGAAUUGCUGCAGAGACAGCACAAGGACUGGAGUACUUACAUAUCGGCUGCAAACCACCAAUGAUUCAUAGAGAUAUCAAAUCUAUGAAUAUACUUCUUGAUAAUCAUUUCCAUGCUAAACUUGGUGAUUUCGGGCUUUCAAGAUCUUUUCCGGUGGGAAGUGAAACUCAUGUAUCAACAAAUGUUGCUGGAUCUCCAGGUUAUCUUGACCCUGAAUAUUAUCGAACAAACUGGUUGACAGAGAAGAGCGAUGUCUUUAGUUUUGGAGUCGUAUUACUGGAAAUCAUCACAAGUCAGCCAGUGAUUGACCAAACUCGUGAAAAGUCUCACAUAAGAGAAUGGGUGGGAUUUAAGUUAACCAAUGGAGAUAUCAAAAAUAUUGUGGAUCCAAGUCUGAAUGAGGAUUAUGACACUAGUUCAUUGUGGAAGGCUCUUGAGCUAGCAAUGUCAUGCGUUAGUCCAUCUUCAUCUGGAAGACCAAACAUGUCCCAGGUUGCUAAUGAACUAAAAGAGUGUCUCUUAUCUGAGAACUCAAGGAAAGGAGGGAGACAUGAUGUGGACUCUAAAAGUUCUUUUGAACCGAGCACAAGCUUUGGUCCUGAACAUAUUCCUGAUGCACGCUAGUUCAUGCCAAGUAUCCCCGUGUGUUUCUUUAUUCCAUCUAUCAGACUAUCAAAUAUGUUUUAGUCUGAUCUCUAAUUUGUUCCCACUAAACUUUG